AUGGGGGCAUAUAUUGCCAAGAUGCUCUUGCCCAUGAUCAGCAGUCUGGUGUUUUUGCCUCUGACCAGCAUAGCCACCAAGAGGGGAUUUCACAUGGAGGCUAUGGUCUACUUCUUUACCAUGUUCUUCACAACGAUCUACCAUGCCUGUGAUGGACCGGGCCUGUCCAUCCUAUGCUUCAUGAAAUACGAAAUCCUAGAGUACUUCACCGUUUACGGCACAGCCAUCUCCAUGUGGGUCACUCUGCUAGCACUGGGUGACUUUGAUGAGCCUAAGCGCUCCACGCUGAACAUGUUUGGAGUCCUGACGACGGCGGUGAGGAUAUACCAGGACCGCCUUGGCUACGGCAUAUACUCAGGCCCCAUAGGAACAGCUGUGCUCAUGAUCACAGUCAAAUGGUUGCAGAAGAUGAAGGAAAAGAAGGGCCUGUACCCAGAGAAGAGUGUUUACACGCAGCAAGUGGGCCCAGGAUGCUGUUUUGGGGCUCUUGCUCUGAUGCUGCGCUUCUACUUUGAGGAAUGGGACUACGCCUACGUCCAUAGUUUCUACCACCUGUCGCUUGCCGUGUCGUUUGUGCUUCUGCUGCCGAAGAAGAAUCGCUACGCGGGAACGGGACGCAACGUCGCCAAACUCAACUGCUACACCCUCUGCUGCUGUGUAUGACACACCUCCUUAUCUUAGCAAAGCUGUAGAGGUACCCCAUCCCGGC